AUGCACUUCGCCCAGUGCCAGCUCCGCCUCAAAAUCACAGUGACCCUAAGUGAGACCUUGUUGCUAGGUAUGCUCGAUUACCGGAGCAUGACUGUCGCAGCAUUCUGGAACUCGACACCGCACAACUGUUGCCCCAAUGACGAAGCGAUUAUCAAGCGCAUUUUCCCUGUGCCCACGACCAAUGCGAUGUUCCUAUGA